GCGCUCUGGCCGCUGGCCGCGAACACUAUUCCAGGCAGGCCAGGCCAGGCAUGGCAGACAAGAACCUGGUCGUGGUCUUUGGAGCUACAGGGGAAAGAGACUCCAGUCUGAAGCACCAGAUGGCAAGCCCCACCUGCCCGCCAAUGCAGAACCCAGGCAGAGAUGAGCAAGGGGCUCAGGGGGGCUCUGUGGCAAGGGCCCUCCUCGAAGAUGCCACCUUCCAGGUACGAGCUGUCACCCGCAACCCCCAUCAGAAGGCUGCCCAAGAACUGCGCAGAAGGGGAGCCGAAGUGGUGAAGGCUGACCUGGAUGACCCCCAGAGCCUGGAGCUGGCCCUGAGAGCUGCCCACUCCGUCUUCCUUGUGACGGAUUUCUGGGAUCAUCUCAACAAAGACCAGGAAAUCUUGCAGGGGAAGCACGUCGCAAACCUGGCGAAGCAGCUGGCUUUGAGCUACGUCGUGUACAGCGGCCUGGAGAACGUGCAGAGGCUGACGGGCGGGCAGCUGCGGGUGGCGCACUUUGACGGCAAAGGCGAGGUGGAGGAGUACUUCCGAGCCAUCGGUGUGCCCAUGACCAGCCUGAGGCUGCCCUGCUACUUUGAGAACUUCCUGACCGUCUUCCGGCCCAAGAAGGCGCAAGAUGGAGACGGCUACGAGCUGGCUCUUCCCAUGGGAGAGGUACCCAUGGAUGGCAUGGCUGUGGCGGAUCUCGGGCCGGUUGUGGUCCAGCUGAUGAAGGAUCCGGAGAAGUACGUGGGCCAGAACAUUGGGCUGAGCACGUGCAGGCUCACCGCGGCCGAGUACGCGGCUCUGAUGACGAGGCACACCAGGAUGCGUGUGAGAGAUGCCAGGAUGUCGCUCGAAUCCUUUGAGAAGCUGGGCUUCCCCGGUACCCAGGAAUUAGCCAACAUGUUCCGCUUCUACAGAGUGCGUCCGCCCCGCGAUACCUCCUUGACCUUGAAGCUGAACCCGAAGGCUAGAACGUUCGAGCAGUGGGUGUCUGAUCACAGCGCCGCUUUCAAGGCCCUGUAGCGGGCUGCUAGCGAGGCCGGGCUGCCCGCAGCCACCGGGUCCUCCUCUCUCAAUAAAGCAGCACUGGCUGGACUGUU